GGCUGACCAAUGCACAGGUCUUCAAGGCUUCCUUAUCUUCCAUUCAUUUGGAGGUGGUACGGGAUCAGGCUUCACAUCACUGCUCAUGGAACGUCUGUCUGUCGACUACGGCAAGAAAUCCAAGCUCGAGUUCUCUAUCUACCCGGCCCCACAGGUAACAAUGGAUUAAGACGAGAAUCUUUUGUAUCGAUUACGUAACACGCGCUCAAAAAUAAUGACUAUACUUUUCUACUUAGUUCAGGGGCGUAGGAAGCAUCAAAAGAUUGGGGGGCACCGGCUUCUAGGGGCACUUUAGGGUAUUGAAAAGGGCACCUAAAAAAUGUUGGCGAUGGGGGGGGGGGCGGAGAUGAAAAAUUUUCCCGUCGUACCAUAUCGAAAUUGCACGUUUUUUGACCAAAUCGCUUUAAGAAACUUGGAAAUUUCCAAACAAAAAGGGCACCUUUGAUGUUAAUUUAGUGUUUACAGCGACAUUAGCUUGUACAAAAAGGACACUUUUUAUCACACAAAAGGGCACUUUUCAUCACAAAAAAGGGCACUUUUAGUCCUUUGAAAAAAUUGGGGGUGGGGGGGGGCACGUGCCUCCCGUGCCUCCCCCGGUUCCUACACCCCUGACUUGGUUAUGCCAUAUUCAAAAUUUUCAAUUGUUGAUACGUUGCUCAAUCGGCAAGUGUUAGCUUUAUCCAAUUUAAUUUAAUCUGUUAAACUAUAUUUGUAAAAUAUUGCUAAAAUGAAGAGGUUUUAGAUGGUACGCCAAAGAGAAAAUGAUGUCUGAAGUUCAGUAAGUUUUGCUUAUAUUGCUGUAUAAAUAUGGCGUCAAUUUUCAGCAUCAAUGAUAAUUGUAUUUGAAUUGACAAUAUUUAACUAUUAUUUUGUGUUUCUCAACCGCCAGAUACAUUUAAAAAGGUUGCUAACUGUGUAGACUACAAAAUAAAGUAAAAUUAAUUUUGAGAAGAACACCAAAAAUAUUUUAGGUUUUGAACACUUUCCAUCCCAAAUACGCGACAUAGAGUGUUUGGAAACUGACACAAUUGGAUGAAGCGUCUUUCGAAGAAAUCAGGCGAUUGCAAAUAACAAAUCCCAAAUAACAAAUCUGAUUUAAUUUCACAGGUCUCAACAGCUGUUGUCGAGCCAUACAACUCGGUGUUAACAACCCAUACAACCCUGGAACACUCCGACUGCGCCUUUAUGGUGGACAACGAGGCAAUAUACGAUAUCUGUCGUCGAAACUUGGACAUCGAACGUCCUACAUAUACCAACCUGAAUCGCCUCAUCGGUCAGAUAGUGUCCUCGAUUACAGCCUCCCUGCGCUUCGACGGUGCGCUAAAUGUCGACCUGACCGAAUUUCAAACAAAUUUGGUGCCCUACCCAAGAAUACAUUUUCCGUUGGUGACAUACGCGCCGGUGAUCUCGGCCGAGAAGGCGUUUCACGAGCAGCUCAGCGUCUCCGAGAUAACGAACGCGUGUUUUGAACCGGCCAAUCAGAUGGUGAAGUGUGACCCGAGACAUGGCAAGUACAUGGCAUGCUGUAUGCUGUACCGUGGCGAUGUCGUGCCCAAAGACGUCAACGCUGCCAUAGCAACCAUCAAAACAAAACGUACCAUACAAUUCGUAGACUGGUGCCCAACUGGGUUCAAGGUAAAUAAAGAAGUGAUUUUUGUGAAGAAUGUGUCAAAAAAUCCUUUUAAACGUCGUGCGUUUGACUUUGUAUGCAUGAAAUUGUGUGGUACUUUGAUAAUUCUUAAAAAAUUUAUUAAUAAUUCACGAGGAAAUACAAAAUACAUGAAUGUUUAAUCAAUGUUUGUAAAUCGGAUAAAAAUUUGUCCUGAUUCACAUAAACUUCAGCUUUGAUUUUCUCGGCUUAGACAAACUUUAUUUUUAAAAUUAUUUUGCCAAUGAACUCAUAAGAUGGGUCAUGUACGAUAAAACGUUCGCAUCCGAUCUGUAUCUGAUAUACAAACUCUCGCCUUCGGCUCGAGUUUGUAUAUCAGAUACGGAUCGGCUGCUCAUAUGUUAUCUAGUACAUAAAACGCCUCCUAAAUUGUCACCUUAUGAAUUCAAUUUGCGUGCUCAAGUAAUUUUUAAGUGGGAUUUAAAACGUACUUUACAAAACUUACUUCAAAAAUGUACUUUACAAACUAAUUUUGGUGGUAAAGAUACUACAUACGUAAAAACGCACAAGUUGUUCCAGGUCUGCAAACAAGUUGUUACAAAUCUGUUCACAAGCUGUCGACAAGUUGUGUUCGCACUGCUUGUUCCCAGUUUGUUGUAACAAGUUUGAAACAAGCUGUUAACAACUUGUAACAAGCUCGAUGGCAUUAUCAAACUUGUUACAAGGUUGUUCUAACAAGUCUGAUACAGUCAUGAUAUAACAAGAAUGUUACAAGGUUGACGACACAAGGUUGUGACAAUAUUGUUAUAUCAUGACUGUAUCGGACUUGUUGGAACAACCUUGCAACAAGUCUGAUAAUAUCAACAAGCUUCAGGUUACAAGUUGUUAACAGCUUGUUCCAAACUUGUUGACAACUUGGGACAACUUCUUGACGGCUUGUUGGCAGACUUGCUACAAGAUGUGAGAUUUUUACAUUCAAUUUUUUAGGUCGGAAUAAAUUACCAGCCACCAACAGUCGUUCCCGGGGGGGACUUGGCCAAAGUUCAACGAGCCGUGUGUAUGUUGAGUAAUACGACUGCCAUAGCCGGAGCUUGGGCCAGGCUGGACCACAAAUUCGACCUAAUGUAUGCCAAGCGGGCUUUUGUUCACUGGUAUGUCGGCGAGGGCAUGGAAGAAGGUGAAUUCACGGAAGCGCGGGAAAAUUUAGCCGCCCUUGAGAAAGACUACGAGGAGGUUGGCAUGGAUACCAUGGAUGACGAGUUGGGUGGCGAAGAAGGCGACGAAUUCUGAGAACGAGUUUGACCGAGCAAUUGACUGGUGACUAAUAACAGGAAUUUUUUUUGGAAAAAUAUUGAAAUUUUGGGAAAAUUUAUUUGGAGGAAAGAAAAUAUGGAAAGUAUUUUGAAAAAAUGAGC